AUGCCUCGGGAAUUUGUAGGGCAAUUAAACGAGCAAGCUGACGAGAUAGAAUACCAGACUGGGCGGAUUAAAGACCUCGAGGCUUCACACACAAGGUUAGAAGCUUCAAACGAAGAGAUAUCCGCCACUAUGCAGCGCCGUGUUGCACGCUCUGCAUCAUCUUUCACUAUGAACGAACUUCGGCCGGGAGGUCAAGGAGUUGUCGCUGCUCCUGCACUGCACGACGAUGCCUUGAAAAUGAUAUUUUAUAGCAGUCGGGGUACAAUACGCUCAGAAAGCAAUGCUGCGGCUCCUAAUGCCUCCAAGGAGGACAGCUUGGCAUUAGCCAUUAAAGGCCCGGAUUUGACUGCAUCGCAGGCAGCAACCUUGAAGGAUUUCGACGUAUUCACCCAUCACGACAUUCCGGACUUUUAG